AUGAUUACGGCUGUAAGAGCAUCUCAAAGAUUAGACUCGCGAGGCAACCCUACCAUCCAGGUAGAUGUCAAGACCAGCAAAGGAUGGUUCCGCUCUCUGGUUCCAUCUGGUGCAUCAACCGGACUACAUGAGGCCGUCGAGCUCCGGGAUAAGAUCAAGUCAGUCUACGGAGGCAAAGGCGUGGAAACGGCAGUGAAAAACGUUCAGGAUGUCAUUGGACCUGCCCUGAUAGAAAAGGGGUUCGACGUUCGAACCCAACUCAAAGAGAUCGAUCAAUUUAUGCGCAAGCUUGACGGCACCCCGAAUAAAGCACGUCUUGGCGCAAAUGCAAUUUUGGGUGUGAGCAUGGCCUGCGCCAGAGCCGGUGCCGCGGAGAAAGGCGUACCGCUUUAUGAGUUUCUUCGUGGUGAAGCGGGGGUGGAGGGCCCAUUUGUGCUCCCGGUACCGUUUCUUAACGUGCUAAAUGGAGGUGUGCACUCUGGGAACAAGAUGGCGUUCCAAGAGUUUAUGAUUGCCCCGGUAGGUGCGACUUCUUUUGAGGAAUCCAUUCGCAUAGGUUGUGAGGUGUACCAUCGUCUCAAGGAGGUCAUCACGGCCAAGCAUGGCCCAACCGCGACUGGUGUCGGUGAUGAGGAGGGGUUCGCACCGCCCAUUGUCCUUCCUCAGCAAGCUCUAGACCUUUUGGAGACCGCAGUGGCAGAUUGUGGCUACACCGGGAAGGUCAAAUUUGCCAUAGAUCCCGCCUCCAGCGAAUUCUUCCGUGACGGCUUGUACGAUCUCGGCUUCAAGCAGGAGACACGAAAUGUUCUCACGCCGCCUGGCUUGGGGGAGCUCUAUCAUCAGCUGAUCUAUCAAUAUCCCGUCGUUUUGCUCGAGGACCCGUUCGCAGAGGAAGACGGGGAUAGCUGGACGGAAUUCAACAAAACAUGCAAGAUUGAGCUUGUGGGAGACGACUUGCUUGUGACUAACGUAGAGAGGUUACGGAUUGCUCGGGAAAAGAAGGCGUGCAACUCCAUGCUGCUGAAGGUAAACCAGAUUGGCACAGUCAGUGAAGCCAUCGCGGCCGCAAAUCUUGCGACGAGUUUCGGGUGGAGCAUUUUCGUCUCUCAUCGUUCAGGUGAGACAACAGACGACUUCAUUGCUGACUUGACAGUCGGUCUAGGGACCGGUCAUCUGAAGUCCGGCGCGCCUUGUCGCGGUGAGAGAACUGCCAAAUACAACCGUCUCAUGGAUAUUGAAUCGGAGCUUAAGGCUACUGGCAAACCGUAUCAAUACGCCGGGGAGAACUUUAGAUUUCCUCAAAACCUUUAG